AUGAUGGAAUCAAUGUUGCAGGUCCUCGUCCGAGGUGUACAGAUCCUCUGGGUCCUCCUCGUCACAGCAUUGAUCGGCAAUGUCAUCGCCCUCAACAUUAACAGCGCCGGCUCCGCUAUGGCCGCCAUCAACUUCUCCAUGUUCGUCGCCGUCCUCAGCUGGUUGGCGGCUCUGUACGGCCUUGCCGCUGCCUUUGUCUCGGCCAUCGCCAUUCCCAUUGUGCUGUUGGCCCUUGACGGCGCAGCCAUUCUCUUCACCUUCAUCGACGCUAUUGUUCUCUCGGCCAAGCUGCGCGCAGUCAACUGCGGCUCUCUGAACAGAAGCAACCUGCCGAGCGAUUACAUCGUCUGGGGUUCCGGCGACGAUGAGAAGCGAUGCCGCGAGAUUCAGGCCAGCACCGUCUUCAUGUGGUUCCUGUUUGCUAGCUUCUGCGCAGGAGGCUUCUUCACCUUCAUGAACUUCCGUCGCGGCGGUGGCUCUGUCCGCAGCUCUCGCCCUAGCAUGGCCCAAGUCGGCGUCUAA